AUGACGGAGGGGAAGUUUUCGAUAUUCACGGCGGCAACUCCCAGUAUUUCUUGCUCCUCCUCCUCCUUCCUCAUGAACUAUUUACUUUGCUUCUCUGUAUAUCUAUCCCUAAUUCUCAGCUCUUUGGAGAAGGGCUUUGCCUUGGAAGAGAACCAGAAUCCCCAUACAGUUGAAACCCAUCCAGUUUCUCAUACAGUUGAACUCAAUUCUCUGCUGCCAGCAACCUCAUGCAGCCCUAGCUCCUCCGCCAAAGGCGGUGAGAACAAGGAGUCAUCAUCUUCAUCGGUACUAAAAGUGGUACACAAGCACGGACCAUGCUCUCGAAUCAACAAGAACAAAUCCAAAACUCUAACUCAUGCCCAAAUCCUCAACCAGGACCAAGCCCGAGUCGACUCAAUCCACUCCCGAUUCAACAUCAAUAAAUCACCAUCCACAACUACUGUCGGCAAACCCCGUCCAUCCGCCGCCACCACCAUCCCCGCCCAGUCCGGAAGCGUAGUGGGCUCGGGCAAUUACAUUGUCAACGUGGGUCUGGGCUCACCCAAGAAGCAGCUUUCCCUCAUUUUCGACACAGGCAGCGAUCUAACGUGGACCCAAUGCCGCCCAUGUGCUGGUUCGUGUUACGACCAGAAGGAGCCCAUCUUUGACCCCGCAACCUCCGCCUCCUACGUCAAUGUUUCAUGCAAUUCUGCCACAUGUUCCCAGCUGGCGUCAGCCACGGGAUACAGCCCCCGCUGCUCCACCUCCACAUGCAUCUACACCAUUCAGUACGGAGAUCGGUCCUUCUCCGUCGGAUAUUUAGGGAAAGAGCGGCUGAGCCUGACGUCGACGGAUGUUUUUGAUGGAUUUUUGUUCGGAUGCGGCCAGAACAACAAGGGCCUCUUCGGGGGUGCCGCCGGUUUGCUCGGUCUUGGCCGGGAUAACAUCUCCCUCAUCGAGCAAUCCGCCUUGAAAUACAACCGGUUCUUCUCCUACUGCCUCCCCUCCACAUCUAGCGGCACUGGAUACCUCAGAUUCGGCAAAGGCGGCCAAUCUUCCAAGGGCGUGAAAUUCACACCCCUCGUGGACGUCUCCGACGACGGGUCGUUUUACGGCCUCAACGUGGUCGGGAUUAGCGUUGGCGGGAAAAAAUUACCGAUUUCCGGUCAAGUUUUUUCCUCCUCGGGGACGAUUAUCGAUUCCGGGACGGUGAUCACGCGCUUGCAGGCGACCGCAUACAGGGCACUGCGGGACGCGUUUCGGCAGCGGAUGAAGAGCUACACCUCGGCUCCGGCGCUUUCUAUUCUCGACACUUGCUACGACUUCAGCAAUGUUAAAACGCCGACGUAUCCGAAGAUUUCGUUUGCUUUCGGCGGAGGGAUGACGUUGGAUUUGGACGAGACGGGGAUAAUGUAUGUGGCGAGUGCCAAUCAAGUUUGCCUGGCGUUUGCCGGGAACGACGACGACAGCGACGUUGGGAUAUUUGGUAACGUUCAGCAGAAGAGGCUGCAGGUGGUGUAUGAUGUAGGUGGUCGUAAAAUAGGAUUUGCCCCUGCGGGAUGCCCUUGAGCACGAGGGCUUAUGUGAUUAGUUGCCUAAUUAGGCUGGCUAAAAAGUUUGAUUAAGCCACCAGCAGCAGCAGCAACAUAGGGCAAAUUUUAUAACAGAAAAUGUAAUAGUAAGACAUAAUUAUACAUAGACGAAUUGGCACAAACUAUAUAUAGUGACAAUUGGUUUGCGUGUGUUAUAGGUAAAAAAGAAUUCAAGUAUGCAAGCAGCAACUUGAAUAAAAAUAAAAAAAUAAAAGUACUUUCUGUC